CACCGCCAACCAACCGAAGGUCUGGUUUGUCCAAUCAACAAAUCUUACCCGUCCAUAAUGCGAAUAACACAAAUCAACGGUCCAGAUGACUCCCAGUUUUGUAAACAACCGUACACAUUCUCUCUUCCCUCUCCAUAUCUUCUCCAAACACAUCGCCGUACAUUUCCAAAACUCUGCUCUCUAAAAAACAAAUAAAUCCCCAAAAUCUCCGAUAACAGAAAAAUUAAUCUGUAAAAAUCGAAAUAGAAUGAAGAUGAUCCAGUACAACCAGUUCAUCGCACCCCUCUUGCUCCUGUCGUUGUGUCUGUUUGUUCCGUUGACCGUCGCCAACGACGUUAACUACUGCGAUAAGAAAGCUGAAUAUGAUGUAAAGGUUCAAAGAGUUGAGAUUUCGCCUGACCCGAUCGCCAGGGGCAAACCUGCUAACUUCAGUAUCUUUGCAACAACAGGUGCAGCAAUCGCUGAGGGGAAACUGGUGAUUGAGGUUUCGUAUUUUGGAUGGCACAUUCACAGUGAGACUCAUGACCUUUGUGAUGAGACAUCUUGCCCUGUGUCUACUAGUGAUUUUGUGGUUUCCCAUUCGCAAGUUUUGCCAGGAUAUACUCCCCCUGGUUCCUACUCUCUGAAGAUGAAGAUGUAUGACGCGAACAAGCAUGAGUUGACAUGCAUUGGGUUUGAUUUUAACAUCGGGUUUGCAUCAUCUGUGGCUGAUAGUUAAAACACUAUAGUAUUUUUAAUGUUCUGUUACCCAUGUAAAGUAUUCUAUACACUGUAUGUUCCUUCCAACUUCACUCUUAUCAUGCAUGUAUAACUUUGAUUAUCCCAGUGACUUGUUGCUGUGAAAAGUUAAAGCUAUUAUGUUGCCAGUGGCGUCCAUUGCUGGAUGAAACCACUGUCUGAUUCUUUAAUAAAUUUAAACCAAAAUUCCUUAAGAAUAGUAUGAUCUAUCAUCUACU